AAGAGGGCUCUCUUUUCCCUAUAUAUUACUUUACUCUUUGGCGUGAGUUCAUGUGAAUGCUAGUAGGAAAAGUUGACUAUAAUUUACUACAUUUUUGUCGUUGCUUUGCGGAGUAAUAUCCCCACAAUUGAAAUACGAUGGGUCGGUCAAGAUCACGGAGUAAGUCACCGCGGCGACACCAUAAAAGUAGCAAACAUUCUAGGAAGAAGAGUCGCUCCAAGGAUCGUUCAUCAUCUAGGAGUAGAAGUUCUAAACUUGUAGAAAAAUCUAGGGAACGAAGUUCAAAAUCCAGAAAAAGAUCGCAUUCCAUGUCGUCUUCAAGCAGUAGUGAAGCUUCUUACGAAGGAAGUAGAAGCCACAGGAAGAAGUCGAAGGGGCGCAGCAAGAUGGAUGAAGUCGACAGACUAGCUGAAAUGGAAAGACAGAGACGUGUGAGAGAAGCUGAACAGAAAGUGGUGGAAGAAGAAGCAGCAAAAAGAAUAGAACUUCUAGUGAAGAAGAGAGUUGAAGAGGAAUUAGAAAAAAGAAAAGAUGAAAUUGAACAAGAAGUGGCUAAAAGGGUAGAAGAAGCGAAACGGAAGAUGGAGAAAGAAAUGAUGGAAGAACUUGAGCGACAAAGAGAACAACAGCGCCGCGAGGAGCUGGCUAGACAGGAGGAAGAAGCUCGUAAAAGGAAAGAGCUGGAGGAAAUCAUGGCUGAAAAUAAUAAAAAGAUUGAAGAAGCUCAGCGCAAGCUGGCUGAGGAGCGGCUAGCCAUGAUUGAAGAACAAAGGAAAAUGGAUGAAGAACGGCAGAAAUUGAAAAAAGAACAAGAAAAGAGAGUUAAAGAGGAACAGAGAAAAAUAUUAGGCAAAAAUAAUUCAAGACCUAAACUGUCAUUCUCGUUGAAUCCUCUAUCAUGAGUGGUGACCAACACUUAAGGGUGACUCUAAAUAAUGAAGAUCAUCAUUAUUUAAUAGAAUCAUUUACAGGUUUUACCUAAGAGACAUUUUCAUUAGCUUAGAUAUGUGUACAUGUUUAUUUUCUUCUGUUCAAAUGGCAUGAGGAUAAAUAAGAUUUGGAGUGGAAAUUCGGCGGUCAAACUCACCAAGACCUUAUGACACGGUUGACAGUAUUGCUGGAAUUAUAAUCUAUAGAAGGUAGAUACCUCAUAGGGCCUUGUAAAUAUAUAAACAAGACGUGUGAUCUGCGAUGUUGCCCUAAACAAUUGGAUAAGAAUUCCAUACAUUUUUUUUUUUCAAACUUUGUCCUCAGAAAAGCACUUUACCACUUUUUAUACAUAACUGGAUUGUCAAGAAGUACCAAAACUAUCUUUUCUUGUAAAAAAAAGUGAAAUAACAUUUUGUUGAAGAGCAAUUGAAAAAUUGAUUUUCUUUCACCUAACCAUUUAAAAGAUUUGUUUGAUCCAGAUUGUGACCAUUAAAAAACUGUCUUCUUUUAAGUGGUACCAAUUUAAAUCAUUAACACUGUAAUUAAAAAUGGUUAAUAAAUAAAAAAUAAAUCUCGCAAAGUCGUCAGCAAUGUCGUGUGGAUACCUACAUAUUAACGACGAAAUUAGAUUAUUUGUCCAGUCCAACACAAGUGACCUAUUGAAUUAUAGAACUACAAUUUAUUUAAUAGCUGUAAGAAUUAAUCCUAUCUAAGUGCUGCCGAUAUUACAUUUAGAUUACCGUUCACAAAGGAGCCUUAUAAACAAUAAUGUUUUAAGUGCAUUAUACAUAGUAAUGUUAUGUAAUAAAAUCAAUCGACUGCCAUUGCAAGGUUAUUGUUUUGUAAUAGAUAACGAAAGCUUUGUGUCAAAACCUUUUUGCAGUGCUAGUUAUCGCCAUAGUGAAAUAACAUUAAUACAUUAUAUACAGUUGUCUACAUAGGGUCGGGUUUAGUUAGGGCCAAAUUAUGUUUUUCAAUGAAACAAAACUAAGAUAGGCUUUUGUAAAUGUACAUACGUUUGUAAAUUUAAGGUUAAGAUCGUAGGUUUAUUUUAAGCAGUUUAGAAUAAAACAGUUCAGUUAUAGUAUAUUUUAUACAUGAAACAAACUUUGUAAAGCUGGUUGCAUAUAACUCAUGUGGACAGAGAAGGUAUUAAGUAUAACAUUUAUAAACCUGACUCCCUAAAGGCCUAACGACAUAUUGACAUGAGCCUCGAGCAAAAAAGAUAGAUGAUUUUGCACCAUCCCUUAUUCGGUUUAACUAACUUCUCAUUAAGUAUUUGAUUUACGAAUUUCCCAAUAAGAAAUUGUCUUUGUUGCCCAUGUUUGCGAGUUAAUUAUGAUGUGAAUAUGUAACCAAUUUUACACUGAUAUUAUAAUAGUACUUGUGUUUCUUUAUGAUAUAAUUCACAACAAAUGUUUGCUUUAUUCAGUAAGAAUCUUUCCAUCCAUUGUAUUCUUCAUUACACAUUUUCUUUCUUAAUGCAUGCCAUUAAAUUUCCACCAUAAUCCCAAUUUUUGUUUUUUUAAGGCAUUUCUUUAGUAAUUGUAAAUUAGGAGCUAUGUAUUUUGCACAAAAUUGGAUAUUUAUACUGAUCAGUAUCGGGAGCCUUAACAUAAAGGCCUCACUUGAUAAAUAGAUCGUGAAAAUCAUAUGCAUGAAAAUAAUAUUUCCCUUUGCCUUAAGAUUAUUGUUAAAUUAUGGCAUUUAAAAUUCCGACCGUCCUUGUUUAGGUAUGCAUAUUUUGAACAAAUAAAUCGAGCGAUGUGAUGUAAAAAUCUUUGUUAUCAAUUAAUUGCAAUACAGUACAUUUAUCUCCCGAACAUUCGAAGUGUAAUAAUUCAUUAUUCAUUUAAUUAAAUAAAGCCCUUCACAUAA